GGGAUGACCCAGAUAAGGAUGCAGGGUGUUAAAAAAUGAGACAGCGGUCAGGAUAUUUACCAAACAUGAAAAGUCGAGACGACAGGCCAAACGAGGGUGUCAACAACACAUCUGACCCUGACCCUCAGUUAGCCACUAAACUACCACCAGGCCGCGCUACCGUUAGUACAGGUACCACAUCUAAAAUGGUAGAUCCCUAUGCCAUUUAUAAAGAUCCACUAGGCUUACGCCCUCAUGUGGUUGAUAUCGACACCUUAACAAGGUGGAACAAGACAGAGGUACCAGCCUAUGAAGAAGUAAAAGAUAAUUCUACUCAGACUGUGCCAUUUCCAUAUAGAGAAGAUGUUAAUGCCAAAGUGGUGCUGUGGCCAGGUGAUGUGACACGUCUUGGUGUUACAGCUAUGGCACAUCCAACCAACGAAGCUAUGAAUGACAGGAAUCCACUCAGUGAUUUAAUGUAUGAGAUAGGUGGGCCAGAACUCAGGCAGGAAGUGAAACAUUUGAGAGGAUGUAAAACUGGCGAGGCUAAACUCACAAAAGGCCACCAGUUACCUGCCAGAUAUGUGAUUCACACAGUGGGUCCCAGAUAUAAUCUCAAGUACCACACGGCCGCAGAGAGUGCGCUGUUCUGUUGCUAUAGGAAUGUCAUGCAAAUUGUCAAAGAAAAUAAUCUUUCUUCCAUAGCUUUUCCCUGUAUACACUCACAAAGGAGAGGCUAUCCAGUGGAGGAAGGAGCCCACAUAGCACUACGCACAGUUCGUAGGUUUUUAGAGAAGCAUGGUGACUCUGUGGACACAGUUAUAUUUGCAGUAAUGGAACACGAGGAGAGUAGAGAGCUGGAGACAUGGAGAGUACUGUGCAGCCGAGAGCUGGAAGUUUACAUACAGUUGCUUCCACUGUAUUUCCCAAGAAGUGAGAAGGAAGCCCAGUAUGCCAUUGGGUUCAUACCUGAAGACGUAGGCAAUGAGGAUGGGGAGCCAGUUAUACCUGAAAGACAGAUCAGAAUAAUGGACAAACCAACAUUCAAAUCACUCAGCGAUGAGGAAGCUGAUGACACACAAACCACUGAGCUAAAUGGAACAGCAGAAGGAAUGGAGUCCAGUGUGAAUAUCAACGAGCAAUUCAAUACAUCUGUAGCAGUUGGACAGCAUGCAUUUGCACACAUGGAGGGAGAUCAUGACUCUCAGCGCCAAGAGGUCCUGAGGGGGAGAACGUCGUCCGAAGCUCUGGCUCUAGAGCAACAAAGAAGGUAUGACAGGUGGCUGAAGAGGGCCAGGAAAGAGGACCUGUCUGACAUAGCCAGACUGCGGUGUAUAUAUCACACGGGUGUGGAUAAGAUGGGCAGACCAGUCAUUGUGUUUAUUGGCAAAAAUUUUCCUGCCACCACCAUAGAUUUAGAGAAGGCACUUCUGUACUUCAUCCAUAUCUUGGAUCCCAUUGUGAAUAAAGACUAUGUUGUGGUUUAUUUCCACACUCUCACAACAGGGGAGAAUUUGCCACAGCAGGCAUUUCUGAAAAGUGUAUAUAAUCUAGUUGAUCACAAAUACAAAAAACACCUGAAAGCAUUCUACAUAAUCCACCCAACAUUUUGGUCCAGGUUGAUGACCUGGUUCUUCACCACUUUUACUGUGUCUGGCAUCAAGAACAAAGUCCAUGGUCUUCCAGGGAUCCAGUAUCUGUACGAUAAGAUCAACCCUGACGAGAUGGACAUUCCAUCUUUUAUACUGGACUAUGACAUGCAGAAAAAUGGCAAGGAUUAUUACACCCCAAGAAUGACAGAGGAAGCUAAUGAUUUAUGAAACACAAGGUGCGCCAGAUUGUGUAACUGGAAAAUGUUCCAAAAUAUUUUGGAAAGUGGUUUGGUAAAUAGUAACUUACUUGCCAGUCGGUGUAUAUCAGUGAAAUUUACUUUGUAUUUUUGCAGCACAUUAAGUUAAUUCCAGUGGAUAUUUUUUCCAUGGUCAUUCAGGCACUAAUGGAGGAUUGGGACUGUUGAAGAUGCACUACAUGUGUAGGUGUUACAAGUCAACACUUCAGCAGAAAUGCUAGCUGCACUAAAUUUCGGAGAUUACAGCACUGGUAAUUUGGUUGCACAGUGCAGUAUAUUUGUAGAGUGAAAUUGUCUGCUAGUCAUUGUAAUAUACAUUGUACAUAUGACAAUCAGUGGGAGGAUUUUCCUAGAAUUAUGAAUGCAAUUGUUUAACAAUAUAUGGGUACAGGCAGCAUGGUGCAUGCAGGGUCUAUUAAUGAAAUGCCUGUGAUAACCAGCAACAUAACUGGAUUAACUUAAAAAGAUGUGGUUAUUUAAUAACUCUACUUAAUAUGAGAACAUUCCACGUGAUAAUUAAUUUUAUGGUGCUAAUUAGAAUGAUAUUUCAAAUGAAAUUUAGUGCAUUGUAUAAAAUGCUGCAGCACUGGUUUAAUAAAUUUUAAAAGAAAUGUGGCCAUAAGAGUAUGAAGGCUAUAUUUGCUACAUUUACGUCUUGCUCAGUUUGUGCAAUAUGCAGUUUUCUGACUGCUAACAGUAUUUGUUAUGUAGUGGAAAAUUGCAGGUUUUCCUGGCCUUGAUGCCAGUGUAGUUUGUAUUGCAGCUUGGAUAAUUGAUGCCGAAGUUUUGCCAAGAAAAAUUUUAUCUGAACAAGAUAUUUUCUUUACAGCUGCAGGAUGAUGAAAGUGACUUUUUCUCUGAAAAUCAUGCUGCACUUUGAAAUUUUUAUUUUGAAAUAAUGUUAUAACUCACUGUCAUUGCCUUCUGCAACUAUUUCUGUCGUAAUUCUGCCAUGGAUAAUAUAUUCUUAAUAAAUAUUAAGAGCAGAUUCUUAUUAAAGAUGCCGCAAGUCUAGCUGUUUUAUAUAUACAUUACGUACAAAGCUCAUCAUAUUGUUUAAUUGAUAAAUUUGCAAUUUGUCAAAUAUUUUGUCAGUGCAUAAAUUUUUGCCAAUGUUAUUAUGAAUAAAAGAUUCUUCCACCAAAAAUAGUUUUGUUUU